AUCCCCACAAACUGUACACUUUCAAAGUGGUGCUUUAUCGAAACUCCUCCGAUAAAGAAAAGCUAUCGCGUCUAUCAAAGCUGCUAAAUGGGUUUGGAGGCUAAUCUUCCCUACCCCUCCCCUAAGGGUACCAGCAGGCGCCCAAUGGUGGCGCCGGGUGAUUCGUUCAUAACUCGCUUGUUCGUAGGCGAUCUUCAUUCAACUUGUCUUUGCCGGGAAAUUAGCUGCGCACGCAUUAUCUGGUCAAAAACAUUCCGUGACUUGGCCUCUGUAUUGGAGUUUUGAUCUUAAUAGGCUAAAGGUGGUACAAGUGUGAUCUGUGAUACGUUUUCGCCGACAGGGCGCACCGACAAACCGUUUCAACAAGGGCGCCAAUAUUAGCGUCUAGCUUUUUCAUGCCAAGAAGUUUGCUAUGAGUUGUGCGUCAGAGAUGUAAGAGUAUGGAUGAGUAUUUGACGCUAACGGCUUGAGAACAAACAAGCGGACUCAAGCAUAGAUAUGUCUUUACAAGGAAACUUCUCGCUUCUGAAUUCUUCGUCUACGCAGAAUAACACAAAGGUGAGCAACCUAACCCUGGGAUGGCGGGUUCAGGAGCAUCUUGCCAUUACCAUCACAAAGUAUUUCAUCCUCUGCUCGAUAAUGAUCGUGGGUAUUGCGGGAAAUAUCCUCGUGAUUUUAGUCUCGACAAAGCGCAAAGCUUUUAAAUCCUCAUUGGACUUAUACUUAAAGAAUCUUGCCGCUGCAGACUUGGGUUUUCUUCUCCUGGUUAUCCCAGCCGCGGUGAUACGCUCAGAGAUCCCGUUUGGCUGGCCUCUAGGGGGGUUCAUAUGCCGUUAUGUUUGGCCUUUGGUGGAGAUCUUCCACGGUGCGUCUGUGUGGAUAAUAGUGGCAGUGGCGGCGGAGAGAUAUAGGAACAUCGUGGGAAUGGUACACGUACAGAGGCGGCGAUACUCCGGUGGAAAACAAGUCAUGAUUACAAUCACUCUAGCAUGGGUGAUAUCCUUCGUUGUGUUCUGUAUACCUGAGCUAGCCAUGGUCACUUAUAUAGAAACUCCGAGGUAUAAAAUCUGCACGCUGGACUUCCCUGAUCCCGACGGAAAGCAAGCCGCGGUGCAGUUUUACUUGUGGUUCAUGACAGCGUUUUCUUACAUUAUACCGUUCAUAGGCAUCAUUUGGACAUACAUAGCCAUUUCGCGCCAACUGAACCGCAGUAAUACCUUUUUAAGAAGCCUCAAGAAUCUCAUACAGAAGAAAAGUUCGCGUAAGUAUUACAGCGGCCCAGCGGGGCGACGAAGAACCCUUACGAGCGAGGGACUAGUGACGCGCUCUCGGUCAAGCGUCGACGAAGCGCAGACGAAAUCGUUAAGCGACGGAAGGCGCUUGACGCAGAAUAAACGCGCCAAAAAGAUCCUAACGCCCGUGGCUAUAACAUUCGCAAUAACAAUGCUACCUUUAAACAUGAUGCGAAUUACGGUGUUGUACUGGCGGGAUUUCGUAAAUCAGACCUAUUACCCGAUACUUUUCUUUGUCACAAUUAUUUUCACGGCGGCAUAUGCGUCUCUUAACCCUGCGCUCUAUUCCAUUGUAAGCGCAGAUUUUCGCAGCUCUUUGAGGUCGCUGUUUCGUAAGUCUGUCGAUCGGAUACGUAGUAUUACCACGAGUUCGUUUGCGAGGGAAAUGGGGCAUUCAACGACAAUUCUAGCGCCCAUGAACGGUGCAGCGUUGCUUGGAGGUGCGGAUAGACGCUGCUCAGCAUUGUCAGAGAGCACCCGGUGCUAGGUGAACUCCUAGCGUGUCAAGCUGUGUCGAGAAAGAUAAAGGGAAACUAGUCAGACGAACUCCUUGCGCUAUAGAGUCAGUAUGGGAACCAAACGCAGCGUGAAGAUCAGAAGGGAAAUCUUUUUAGCUCGAGUUAGAUAAAGGAAAUUUAGACGAACUUCUUAGCGCUGUUGAUUGAUAAAAGUAUGAAAUCAUAACGCCAGUGUCAUGCUAAGGUAAAGGGAACUUAGACGGUCACCUAGCGCUAUGAAAUCGCAAAACUAUAUGUAAUCAGAAUGCAAGGUGAAACAGGCUGAAAUACAGGAAAGCUAGACAAGUACUGAGUCGAAAAACUAUCGGCGGAAAAAUCAACGUUUGGUUUUAGACAGCAUUAAGAGUGUCGGAGGGACUCUUAUCAAUAGAGAUCUGAAAAAAAUAAAAAUCAACAUCGAAAAGCAUAACUAAGACGAAAUACUACUUGUGGAGGAUUUAAUCAUUACAAACUAAACCUCCCUUAAUGAGAAUAAGACAUCUUCUCUGAUUUGGAUUUCGGAAGAGGCGGCGAAAAUGAACAGAAAACCAAGCGGAGAUGAGACAGAUACCAGAGACUGGCAUGCACUUACGCGCAAAAUAAAAUAAUAUUUUUAAACUUGUAUUGAAUUUGAAACAGUGAAGUAAGACAUGUUUAGGUACAUGAAUUAGAUAAUGGAAAUUGUAAAAUAAAUGACAGAUUUUAAAGCCACUUUAUGGGCUAUAAGGUUACGAGAAUCGCCCGAAUAAAAAUGGGUGAGAAACUCAGGGCAUUAGAAUAGGAAAAUUGGGAAAAUUGGAAAUUAAUGGAAGGUUAAGAUAAGGAUAUUACUACUGUGAACUUAAGGGAACCCUUUCAAUGAAUAAUGUAAAUCGUAAAAUUGACUCCUAAAUGACAAAACGAAAGUGUAAAUUUUCUAAUAUUUGGGUAAACACUACUUUAUAAACACCUGAUGGGAUUAUGCCUUUGUUUGUGCGCUAUAUCUUGAUGUUUUUCUUAUUAAAACUGACCACUUCUA